CUCUUUAGAAUUUUUAGAUGCCAUUUUCACCGUCAAGUUAGAGAGAGAGAGAGAGUGAAUUAGAGUUCUACUGUGCCUGGUCUUACACACAUACAAUAUAGAUAUAGAGAGAGAAAGGAAGAGCCGAGUGAUAGAGAAAUAGAGAGAGAGAGAAAGUGGAAACAACUAUGAAGCAUAUUUUCAAGAAGAAGCCUCCUCACCACCCCAAUCGAUCGAACGAGACUACUCAAUCUUCUUCCUCCUCCUCCUCCUCUUCUUCGACCGCGUUGACGUCAUCAUCGUCGCAGUCUUGUGCCUCCGAUCACCGCGCUUCUACACACUCGCAGUCGCCGCAGAGUCCUUCAACAACGCCGCCGCCGGCUUUAACUGUCGCCGCGCCGCUUGCCGGUGGAGGAGCGCCGCCGGUCAAUCGGCAGCAGGAUUACUUUGCCUCGGAGGAGGAUUACCAGAUACAACUUGCCUUAGCCCUGAGUGUCUCCUCGUCGCAGGCUGAGGAGUCUUUUCGGUGCGAUGUUGACUCCGGCAAAGGUCAAAUCCUCGGUGGAGGGAGAUAUGGUGCCGACUCGGCUCGGGAAAGGGAGGAAGCGACUGCGGACUUGCUGUCGAGGCAGUAUUGGGAUUACAGUGUUCUUGACUAUGAGGAAAAAGUUGUUGAUGGCUUCUAUGAUGUAUAUAGCCUCUUCAACAAUUCUGCAAGUCGAGGGAAAAUGCCAUCUCUAUCUGAACUGGAAACAAAUGGUGGGAGUUCUGACUUCGAAGUUGUGAUAGUUAAUCGGAAAAUUGACCCUUCCUUGGAGGAGCUUAUGCAGAUUGCACAUUGCAUUGCGUUAGACUCCCCUGCCAGUGAGGUUGGUCUGCUAGUUCAGAGACUUGCUGAACUUGUAACAGAACAGUUGGGUGGGCCAGUGAAAGAUGCAAAUAUCAUACUGACUAGAUGGAUGGAAAGAAGCAUGGAGUUGAGAACUUCUCUUCAUACCAGUGUGCUGCCUAUAGGAUCCCUAAAUAUUGGGCUGUCACGUCAUCGUGCUUUGCUUUUCAAGGUUUUGGCUGACCAUGUUGGAAUUCCUUGUAGACUAGUUAGAGGUUACACGGGUGUUGAGGAUGAUGUUAUCAACAUCAUAAAGUUACCUAAUGGGAGUGAGUUUUUGGUUGAUCUCAUGGGUGCACCUGGGACACUUAUACCAGCAGAGGUUCUGAGUGCAAAGGAUACUUCUUUCAAGCCACACAAUCCAAAUGUGAACAAUCUUCCCAGUGUCCAGUCAACUAGUGGUUCUGGAGAUUAUUACUCUAGACCCAACUCCUCGGGUGAUAAGAUGGAAAAUGAUUUUUCUACUAUUACGAGGCCAGUGAAGCCAGAAUCAAAUCCUUUAGUUUCAAAUACAGGUGUUGGCGCUUGUUCAUCAGGAUUAGGCAGCAGAGGUCCUAGCCAGUUGGAUCAUAUUCCGUCAUUGGUAAUUGGGAAGUCCUUGUACAAAGGUCGUGGACCUAAUGCUGCCGGUGAUGGCUCAAGGGUGAAUGUGAAUGUGGUUCCAUAUAGUGAUGACCCAAAAAAUCUUUUUGCUGAUCUUAACCCAUUUCGAAUAAAAGGAUCUGGCUUGGCUCAUAAUAAAAAUGGGUUGCAGUUUCCUAAAAAUAAUGCAGGUCGGCCUCCUGUCCCCAUGAAUUGGAAAAACCGCUAUGCGUGCAAUGAGGCUCCAGGCCUUUUGCCAAAGAACAACCGUGGUGCUAAUGAUUAUAAUGCAUCAUCAAUGGCUUCUUCCAGCUCAACUACACCGCAGAAAGUUCUCUCUGAUACCUCAAUGAUGCCUGGUGCUGGUAGCACUUCAAUGUUGGCAUCAACUCAAUCUGAGUUUAGGAAGUUCUCUCUUGAGGAUAAUCAAAGCAGCAAUCAUAAGCAAACAUAUGACAGGGAAGGGGUCUUGGAAAGUAAUGACACAGACAGACCCAGAGCUCAUGUGAAGGAUGUUACUAUGCAGAAUGACGGUAAAAAGAUUACACAAUAUAAAUUAACUGGGACAAAUUUGAAAUUGAAGGAGCCAGAACAUUCAAACACUAAAAGGGGGUUGAGUCCAUCUUGGAUUGAUCCAGUACUUGAUGAUGUGAAUGAAUGUGAAAUUCCAUGGGAAGAUCUUGUUCUUGGUGAAAGGAUUGGACUAGGUUCAUAUGGAGAGGUCUACCGUGCUGAUUGGAAUGGCACUGAGGUUGCUGUCAAGAAGUUCCUUGACCAGGAUUUCUCUGGUGCUGCUUUGGCUGAGUUUAAGAGAGAAGUACGGAUCAUGCAACGUCUACGACAUCCAAAUGUAGUUCUUUUCAUGGGUGCAGUAACAAGGCCUCCAAAUCUUUCGAUCAUCACUGAGUUUCUCCCCCGAGGAAGUUUGUACCGGAUAAUUCAUCGUCCUCAGAGUCAAAUAGAUGAAAAACGCAGAAUCAAAAUGGCUCUUGAUGUGACAAUGGGCAUGAAUUGCUUACAUACAAGCACACCGACUAUUGUUCAUCGUGAUCUGAAGUCCCCUAAUCUAUUGGUUGAUAAUGAUUGGAAUGUCAAGGUGUGUGAUUUUGGUUUGUCACGCUUAAAACACAACACUUUCUUGUCAUCCAAAUCAACAGCUGGAACGCCUGAGUGGAUGGCUCCUGAAGUUCUACGUAAUGAACCUUCAAAUGAAAAGUGUGAUGUUUAUAGCUUUGGUGUUAUUCUGUGGGAACUUGCAACACUGAGAUUACCUUGGAGUGGGAUGAACCCUAUGCAAGUUGUAGGGGCUGUUGGUUUCCAGAAUCGGCGUCUUGAAAUCCCAAAAGAAGUCGAUCCACUUGUGGCAAGGAUAAUAUGGGAAUGUUGGCAGAUGGAACCAAAUUUGCGGCCAUCAUUUGCACAGUUAACAGUGGCAUUAAGGCCAUUGCAGCGGCUUGUGAUUCCUUCACAUGUGGACCAGCCAAGUUCAGCUUUGCCACAAGAAAUAUCUGUAAAUUCUACACCCUGAUGAUUGUCUUCUUAUGUCAAUAAAAAGGCGGCCGGCAUCAUUUGUUCUUUAUAGAAAGAGGGAUCAUUUUCAUCUCCCUAUGCAAAGCUGAGAAACGAGAAGUAGGUCAUUCGUGGAGGAAGGAUGGGAGGGUGUAGCUCAAUCAAUCAAAUAUAAGUGUAGAAAGGUGCAUAUUAGUUGUGUUUCUUGUAUAGUGGGAUGCUGCUGCUGCAUAUAAGUUUGGGUACGUGUGAUUUUUAAACCUGUAAAACUUUACUGUGUUGGCUAAAUCUUGCGGCUAAGGAAGUUUUGGUAUUCCGCCCAAA